AUGUUGGACGGCUUCGAGAUCAUCACCACGUCGGGGAUCGUCCUCUGGCGACGGCACUUUACGCGCCUCCCAUCGAGUCUCAUCAACGGCCUGAUCAACGACAUUAUCGAGGAGCGGCAGAAGCCCGCCGCAGCUACCCACAAUGCCUACAACAAGGACAAGCACACCCUGCGAUACACGACUGCCAGUGAUGUUGGUCUGAUCUUCGUAGCUGUCUAUCAGUCCCUCCUCCACCUCUCAUGGGUCGACAACCUCUUGACGGCAGUCAAAGGCGUCUUCGUCAAGCGAUAUGGAGAUCAGCUCAAGCAACCUUAUACGACCUCUCCCGACACCAGCGCAUUCGACCAGGCCUUCGAUGAGGUUCUUAGAAAGCUUGACACAGGCAGUACACGGAGAGCGAGCGGCAAUUCCGACGACAGAGUCGAAUUCACACCGCCGUCGAGCUCGGCUUCUGCGACUGAUGAUGACCCUCCCCCUCCUCCAGUUCCGCAGUUCAAGAGGCCUACAACGCAGGACACCACGACAGAUGAUACUACGAGCACAGAUGUUACACCAGUCGCGACACCAGAUACCUCACGGCCGUCAACACCUCUCAAUGCGUCGUCGCAUCUACUGACUGGCAAGGCUCGGCAGUCUAGAAGAGCGAGGAAAGCUGGGAACACAAGUUUUGCCACCUCGGCACCAGCCUCAUCGGGAGACGAGAGCUCUGGGCGGGUCGUGAAGAAGCCUGGUGCGAAGCAAAAGCGGAGAUGGGACACAGACGGAAGUGCGAUUGAAGGGGAUGACGACGUUGUUCUCGACUACAGCGCGACCGACCCUGGCGCCAGUACACAUAAUGGAGCAUUUGAGGAAGUUAAUGCGACGGAGAUGGGUAGCCGGACUGGCAAAGGACAGUUCGUCCUGAAAGACUUGGAUGAUGAGGUGGACGCCAUUCUCGCCGAAGCCAAGCAAAACAAACAGGCGGCUGCAGAUACGAGUGGCGGGGAUGAUGCUGGUCUCUUGGGGACGGCGACAAGUAAAAUAUCAUCACUUUUCCGCAACGUGGUGGGAGGCAAGACAUUGUCAAGACAGGACAUUCAGCAGCCCAUGCAAGGUGUGAGGACUCUUCUCCUGGAGAAGAACGUAGCGCUUGAGGCAGCGGACAGGCUAUGCUCAACGGUGGAAACCGACCUCCUGAAUCAAAAGACAGCCUCCUUCACAUCGAUCGACAAGACUAUUCGCGAGAGCAUGACCAAGGCACUGACACGGAUACUGACACCCACGUCGAGCACUGAUUUGCUGAGAGAAAUCGCAAAUACGACUGGAUCCUCGAAGCCGAGACCCUACGUUAUCAGCAUUGUAGGGGUCAAUGGGGUCGGUAAGAGUACGAAUCUCUCGAAGAUCGCCUACUUCCUGCUCCAAAACAAGUAUCGAGUGCUCGUAGUCGCCGCAGACACCUUCCGCAGCGGCGCGGUCGAACAACUCCGGGUACACGUACGCAACCUAACAGAGCUCUCACAACGCGAGAAUGUCGGCUCAAUCGAGCUAUUCGAGAAAGGCUACGGUAAGGACGCAGCGGUGGUGGCACGGGACGCCGUCUCCUACGCCACGAACGGAAACAAGGGCAACGGUAACAUGCUCUUCGACGUCGUCCUCAUCGACACAGCGGGGAGACGACACAACGACGCCCGUCUGAUGAGCAGCCUGACGAAGUUCGGCCAACUCGCCAACCCCGACAAGAUCUUCAUGGUGGGCGAGGCGCUCGUCGGCACCGAUUCCGUCGCGCAGGCGAGAAACUUCGCCAAGGAGUUUGUGGAUACCAAGGGACACAUGAGAAACGGCGGCGUGGGGAUGGACGGCUUCAUCAUCUCGAAAUGUGACACGGUCGGCGAUAUGGUGGGCACGUUGGUCAGUAUGGUCCAUGCGACGGGGAUCCCGGUGGUGUUUUUGGGGGUCGGGCAGCAUUAUGGGGAUCUGAGGGGGCUCAAUGUUGACUGGGCGGUGAGGAAGCUUAUGAAGUAG